AAUUAUAUCUCCUUUUAUCAAUUUAUAGGUUCUGAAAUUUAUAUCGGUUAUGCUGGUGUGAUGCACAGCCGGCGCUUCUCCUCUGAGUUGUGGCUGUAUGUCGGUGCCUCGCCAUGUAACAGGCCAGAGAUAAGAAGACACCGGUGCGAGUUGGUGACAGUGGAGGCUCGGGAGGAGCGCCAACAGCUGCUCUGCCAGGAGGAGAUGAUCGAGAGGAUCGUGCUGUUGCCAUCGCCCGUAGGAGCACCAAGUGCCAGCCGCUGCUCCUACGGAAGGAGUGCUGUCACCAUCGCUGUCGACAAAGAUCGAGGUUCCUCUCUAUAUAUGGAGGAGGAUUCGAAAGGGUUACGUAAUGGGUGGGCUUCCAUUUUCUUGGCACCAAGAAACAUUGAGGAAAUCUCAUGCAUCUACUGCUCGUUGCCUUGGCUAUAUUGAUCUACCAACCGGUUCAGAUGACAAUGGAAUGUUGUGGUUCAGGAAAGCAUAUUAUCUAAAUUCUGCGCUGCCCUCAAGGUAUGCAAGGUCAGCUAAAUUAUUUAGUGCUUUUGUCUAAGAAAUUUACUAUAUCUUCUAUGCAACAAAUCUCCACGUCAAGAAAAGUAUAGAGAUACGAUGUUUUUAGAGAUCUGAGUUAUGCGUAUGUUUUUACAUAUUCCAUUUUUCAGCUACCUUUUAUUUUGUUUUGGGUGGAAAACACACACAUAGCUUAAUUGGCGCAAAAUAGUAUUCUCAGUUAAGGCCAUACUUUCAGAACCAAGUAAUUGUCAUAUAUAGUGACCUGCGUUUCAGCUUCUUUUUGCCUCUGAACACUGCUUUGCAUUAUCAUCGCAUUACACUGUCUUACAUCAUACACGCUGCCAAGCUUCUUAGUUUAAGUCACACUUCCAGCAUCAAGUAGUUCUUACUGUCAUACUUCUCAGUUUAAGUUACACUAUCAGUAGCAAGUAAUUCUCACUGUCAAAUUUCUCGGUUAAGUUACACUUUCAGCAACAAGUAAUUCACAUACAUAGUAAUCUGCAAUUGAGCCUCCUUUUCCCUCCAAACGCACAUAUUUGCAUUAGCAUGUUACACUGUGUAUGCGCUGUGAAGCUUCUCGCGUCAAUUCGUGUUUCUAGCAACAAACAACUCUGGCACGUAAUGAUCUGCAUUUGAGCUUCUUUUUUGCAUCUGCAGUGCCUUCAAACUUGUGAUUCUCACACUAUACAAUUCAUUUUUUUUAUGGCACAAUUACAUAAAGAGGUCAUUCUCAUUCCUGCCAAUUCAUAAAUAUAUCUAUCCUCAUGUAAACUUUGCGCAUGCUUAUUACCUAUUAAAUAAAGUGG